AUGCAGGUUUCUUUGUGUCUCAUAGCCGUCCUUGUGGCGGUCCAAGCUUUACCGGAACAGUAUCAAAACUACGAGGUCUCAUCUCAAAACCAGCAGUCCUACCAACACCAAGAAGAGUUCGAGCAGAGCUCGAACAGUCAUUCCGUGACACAAGACAACAACGGGUACCAAGUGGAACAGAGCAAUGGGUACCAGGCGGAACAAAGCCAGCAGUACCAACAAGAAAAUAGCCAGUACCAUGCGGAAUCUCACCAGCAUGAGCAAAAUAAUGGAGGAAUCCUUCAGAGCUCCCUCGAAACCCUGAAUGAGGCCAAGAAAAUUCAUGAUCAUAUCGACAAAGUGGCUAUAGAUGCGGCGCUUGGAUCGCUUGCCGGUAAAAAGAGGAAGCUGGACCCAUUCGUUGGAAUAUUUGGAGUACGCAGCCACAAUCAGCUCAGCGAUUAUUUCUACAAAUAUUCUGGCUUUAGAGAAAGACACCAGUUUAUGUCCUACCUGACGAAAGAAACGUAUCUACAAUCUCCGAAGGAGAUUUUCAGAUUCCUGAAAGCCUGUAAAGGCAAUAGGGGAUGGCGGUUUUACGAUCAAAUGAUGACAAAGUUAGCUGGCACGACACAUCUUACGUCAUUUUUACGGUUGCUCCAGCUGUUAACUGGAAAAUCAAACCCAAACGAAGCCUUCGACACAAUAAAAUCUCUGACAGGCCACGACGACAUAGAGGGAGUGUGGGAGAUGCUGCAGAGAAUAAGUAGCAGAAAGAACAUGGCCGACGUUUUGGAUUGCUAUGAACACGAAGCGGGGCAUGCGGAAGGGACAACAGCCGCCACAGCUUUGGACGGAGUGGAGAUUCUCGUGAACAAGAUGACAGCUGGCGAGGGUCCUGCGGCGCUGCCCGGUAUUGCUUUGGCCCUGAAAACCGAUCCCGAUUGGGAUGCAACAUUCAACAGUUUGAUGGGAGCUAUGAGAUGUAAUGAAAUGGGAGAAGCACCAGUCGAAUUUAAACACUUAUUGAACGAAGAUGAGUUUUCAAAAUGCAUCUGGCUGAUUAAAGAGUUCACUGGACUUACUAAUUUCAGAUACGCAAUAGAACAAAUAUUGCAAGACACGGGCCGAUUUAGCUUGAAGGAGGUGAUCUUAUCGUUGUACAGAAUUACAGGAGAGAACAGCCUGGAUGGCGUCCUAGUCAUCGUGAGAAGAUUAUUUAAAGUCAGGAAUAUAACCGAGCUUUUCCAACGCAUCAAUAACAUGACAAGGAGGAGAGAUCCACUCCAGUUCCUCAUCAGCUUGAUGGACGUCACUCAGCAGAACAGGCUGGAAGGCGCGUGUGCUGACAUCACAGCUCUGAGCAGUGGAAAUUCGAACGCUCUUGACAUCUUGGAAUUGAUACAAAGUAUGUCCGGCCACGAAGACAUCUCGGACUUCCUGACGCAGAUGGUAAAAAUUACUGGAAUGAAAUGUCUCGGUGAGGGAUGGAGAGUGAUGAUCUCCGUGACGAAGGAAACGGAUAUUUUCAGUUUAAUCAACCGAUUCAAGAUCUACACACACACAGACAUGAUACUGUGUUUGCAGACUUUGCUGCGUAUAACGAACGCCCUUACCUUGCCCGUCGCUAACACGAAAAUUAAUAAGCUGCUUUGUAUAGAUGGAUUCUUUGAGUGGUUCGAUGUGAUUUACAAAACUGUCAGUAUGGAUGUGAUCCAAUUCUUCGAUCUCUUUACCACCCUGGACAAGAGGCUACUGCUCGAUAAUGCUGUGGCCAGGCUGUUGACAUUUACAGGACAGACGAGUUUUAUUCCCGCGCUAAAUAGUCUUAGUGCUGCCACAGGACACAGAGACAUACCCGGGCAAAUUGCUUACAUAAAAGACACUCCGGCAAAUACACAGGGCACAACAUCUGCCCCGAUAAUACCUGCCCAAACACCAACACCGCAAGGCAACGGUGGGGUGAUGACAGAACCUGAAUUUCCAGUACCAUCACCUAAUGGAACCGGUGUUGGGCCCCAAGGAAAUUCUAAUCAAGGUUCUAAUGAUAAUAUUCCCCAAGGAGCAGAUGGAACAGCACCGCAGAGCCCACAACAAGUUAAUCCCGAAGAAGGUACAACCUCUAGUGGACAAGAUGGAACGACUCCUCAGAGCCCAGGUCCUUUAGGAGAGAAUCCUCAGCAAGGUACAACCUCUAGUGGACAAGAUGGAACCACUCCUCCGAGCCCAGGUCCUUUAGGAGAGAAUCCUGAACAAGGUACAACCCCUAGUGGACAAGAUGGAACGACUCCUCAGAGCCCAGGUCCUUUAGGAGAGAAUCCUCAGCAAGGUACAACCUCUAGUGGACAAGAUGGAACCACUCCUCCGAGCCCAGGUCCUUUAGGAGAGAAUCCUGAACAAGGUACAACCCCUAGUGGACAAGAUGGAACCACUCCUCAGAGCCCAGGUCCUUUAGGAGAGAAUCCUGAACAAGGUACAACCUCUAGUGGACAAGAUGGAACGACUCCUCAGAGCCCAGGUCCUUUAGGAGAGAAUCCUGAACAAGGUACAACCCCUAGUGGACAAGAUGGAACGACUCCUCAGAGCCCAGGUCCUUUAGGAGAGAAUCCUGAACAAGGUACAACCCCUAGUGGACAAGAUGGAACGACUCCUCAGAGCCCAGGUCCUUUAGGAGAGAAUCCUCAGCAAGGUACAACCUCUAGUGGACAAGAUGGAACCACUCCUCCGAGCCCAGGUCCUUUAGGAGAGAAUCCUGAACAAGGUACAACCCCUAGUGGACAAGAUGGAACCACUCCUCAGAGCCCAGGUCCUUUAGGAGAGAAUCCUGAACAAGGUACAACCUCUAGUGGACAAGAUGGAACGACUCCUCAGAGCCCAGGUCCUUUAGGAGAGAAUCCUGAGCAAGGUUCAACCCCUAGUGGACAAGAUGGAACGACUCCUCCGAGCCCAGGUCCUUUAGGAGAGAAUCCUGAACAAGGUACAACCCCUAGUGGACAAGAUGGAACCACUCCUCAGAGCCCAGGUCCUUUAGGAGAGAAUCCUGAACAAGGUACAACCUCUAGUGGACAAGAUGGAACGACUCCUCAGAGCCCAGGUCCUUUAGGAGAGAAUCCUGAGCAAGGUACAACCCCUAGUGGACAAGAUGGAACGACUCCUCAGAGCCCAGGUCCUUUAGGAGAGAAUCCUGAGCAAGGUACAACCCCUAGUGGACAAGAUGGAACGACUCCUCAGAGCCCAGGUCCUUUAGGAGAGAAUCCUGAACAAGGUACAACCCCUAGUGGACAAGAUGGAACGACUCCUCAGAGCCCAGGUCCUUUAGGAGAGAAUCCUGAACAAGGUACAACCCCUAGUGGACAAGAUGGAACGACUCCUCCGAGCCCAGGUCCUUUAGGAGAGAAUCCUGAACAAGGUACAACCCCUAGUGGACAAGAUGGAACCACUCCUCAGAGCCCAGGUCCUUUAGGAGAGAAUCCUGAACAAGGUACAACCUCUAGUGGACAAGAUGGAACGACUCCUCAGAGCCCAGGUCCUUUAGGAGAGAAUCCUGAGCAAGGUACAACCCCUAGUGGACAAGAUGGAACGACUCCUCAGAGCCCAGGUCCUUUAGGAGAGAAUCCUCAGCAAGGUACAACCCCUAGUGGACAAGAUGGAACCACUCCUCCGAGCCCAGGUCCUUUAGGAGAGAAUCCUGAACAAGGUACAACCCCUAGUGGACAAGAUGGAACCACUCCUCAGAGCCCAGGUCCUUUAGGAGAGAAUCCUGAACAAGGUACAACCUCUAGUGGACAAGAUGGAACGACUCCUCAGAGCCCAGGUCCUUUAGGAGAGAAUCCUGAACAAGGUACAACCCCUAGUGGACAAGAUGGAACGACUCCUCAGAGUCCAGGUCCUUUAGGAGAGAAUCCUGAACAAGGUACAACCCCUAGUGGACAAGAUGGAACGACUCCUCAGAGCCCAGGUCCUUUAGGAGAGAAUCCUGAGCAAGGUACAACCCCUAGUGGACAAGAUGGAACGACUCCUCAGAGCCCAGGUCCUUUAGGAGAGAAUCCUGAGCAAGGUACAACCCCUAGUGGACAAGAUGGAACGACUCCUCAGAGCCCAGGUCAUUUAGGAGAGAAUCCUGAACAAGGUACAACCCCUAGUGGACAAGAUGGAACGACUCCUCCGAGCCCAGGUCCUUUAGGAGAGAAUCCUCAGCAAGGUACAACCUCUAGUGGACAAGAUGGAACCACUCCUCCGAGCCCAGGUCCUUUAGGAGAGAAUCCUGAACAAGGUACAACCCCUAGUGGACAAGAUGGAACCACUCCUCAGAGCCCAGGUCCUUUAGGAGAGAAUCCUGAACAAGGUACAACCUCUAGUGGACAAGAUGGAACGACUCCUCAGAGCCCAGGUCCUUUAGGAGAGAAUCCUGAACAAGGUACAACCCCUAGUGGACAAGAUGGAACGACUCCUCAGAGUCCAGGUCCUUUAGGAGAGAAUCCUGAACAAGGUACAACCCCUAGUGGACAAGAUGGAACGACUCCUCAGAGCCCAGGUCCUUUAGGAGAGAAUCCUGAACAAGGUACAACCCCUAGUGGACAAGAUGGAACGACUCCUCAGAGCCCAGGUCCUUUAGGAGAGAAUCCUGAGCAAGGUUCAACCACUAGUGGACAUGAUGGAACGACUCCUCAGAGCCCAGGUCCUUUAGGAGAGAAUCCUGAACAAGGUACAACCCCUAGUGGACAAGAUGGAACGACUCCUCAGAGCCCAGGUCCUUUAGGAGAGAAUCCUGAGCAAGGUUCAACCCCUAGUGGACAAGAUGGGACGACUCCUCAGAGCCCAGGUCCUUUAGGAGAGAAUCCUGAACAAGGUACAACCCCUAGUGGACAAGAUGGAACGACUCCUCAGAGCCCAGGUCCUUUAGGAGAGAAUCCUGAGCAAGGUACAACCCCUACUGGACGAGAUGGAACGACUCCUCAGAGCCCAGGUCCUUUAGGAGAGAAUCCUCAGCAAGGUACAACUCCUAGUGGACAAGAUGGAACGACUCUACAACAGGCAGAACAACAAGAACCCAAUCCGGGUCAGGAUACAACAUCUGACUGUGCACCUAAUACGCAAGGAAGAAGCGAUGUUUAUAAUAGCCCUGGUUCCGGGCCUCAGCCCACAGCUCCCGGGCAGGAUACAUACAUACAAAAUAUAGGCAACCUCCAAGCCUUACAGACCGUGGUGGAUCUUCAAUUCGUGAUUUUACCACGAGGCCCGAAGAACACCAAGAACUGCUAUUGCACUUGCCAGAGUCCAUCGCCACCAAAAUUGAUCAAGGUGAAGGAUCUACCACGAGGAAUCUAUUAG